AUGGGACGCUUAGAGAACGAGCAGCUUUCCACUCGCGGACAGACCAAGAGAAGGGACAGUUUCACACCGUCUGAAGCUAACGCCGCGACCCCGCUGCACGACCUCAAGUGCUCACCCAACCGGCCCGUCUCCCGCCACGGCCCGGGCUCCAGCCCCGAUGCCCCUCGGUCGCUCGUAGUUCCGGUUCCGGUACCGGUGCCGGACUCGCCAGCGACUGGAGGUGGUCUCGCUCCGUCACCGCUGCCGGCAUCCACAUCGGCGCCCGCCGUGACUUCGUUCAUCCCCGACCACAAGGGCUGUCCAACGUGCGCGCUUCACCAGCUUCAACGGAGACAUACUUCCUUGUGGCAUGCACCCGGGGGGACACAGAGCAUCAUCCAGCUCGUAGUACAACAUGCUCGCCGACCGUGGGAACAGCCCACGCUCAAUGACGAGAUAAACAUGCGUCGGGUGUGCUCGCUCGUCAACCACUAUGCGAAGACUGCGAGGAAAGAUAUCUCUUUGAGAUGGACUGAUUCAUGCAUCCUUUCACCGUAA